CCUCACUGGUACAUUUCCACUGUCUGUGUCAGGCUUCACCCCAGCCCCAUGCAGUGAAUACCUCCCUAAUUUCCUCCUCCGCCAGUCACUUUCUCCAGCCUCUUUUAAACCCGACCACUCCCUUUUCUCUCCUCGAAAUUCUAUAAAACUUCCCCUACGGCCAACCCUCAGCUUUGCUCUGUUCCAAGGGUAGUUCUCUGUGGUUUUUCUCUUUGAAUGGCUCGAGAAGUGUAUUUGAUUCCAGUGGAGACGCAAGUAGCUUCGCUUAAGAAGAAGACGGCGGUUACAACGAGCUGGAUUUCGAUAGACGCCAAGGGCCAAGGUGUGAUUCUUGACGUCGACAAGUAUGCUAUAAUGCGCCGCGUUCAGAUUCAUGCCAGAGAUCUUCGUAUUCUUGAUCCCAUGUUGUCUUAUCCUUCCACCAUUUUAGGCAGAGAAAAAGUCAUUGUUCUCAAUUUGGAACACAUCAAAGCAAUAAUCACAGCAGAAGAGGUAUUGCUUAGAGAUCCAUUUGAUGAUAAUGUAAUCCCCAUUGUUGCGGAACUUAAAAGGCGAUUGCCUCAAGAUAAUCUCACAUGCCAAGGCCAAGGAGAAGAAGAAGAACACCUUGGUCUGCGCAAUGAUGUGGACAUUGGGGAAGAAAAUGAAUUUCCAUUUGAAUUCCGGGCACUAGAAGUUGCAUUAGAAGCAAUUUGUAGCUUUCUUGAUGCACGUACUAGGGAACUGGAGACUGAUACUUAUCCAGCUUUAGAUGAGCUGACCUCCAAGAUUAGCAGCCGCAACUUGGACCGAGUGCGUAAACUGAAAAGUGCUAUGACAAGGCUGACAAAUCGGGUUCAAAAGGUAAGGGAUGAACUUGAACAACUUUUAGAUGACGAUGAUGAUAUGGCAGACCUUUAUUUGUCGAGAAAGUUGGCUGGGGCAUCUUCACCUGUCAGCGGUUCUGGUGCUCCCAAUUGGUACCUAGCCUCUCCAACUAUAGGCUCAAAGAUAUCAAGAACAAGUCGGGCAAGUGCAGUGACAGUUCAAGAGGACAAUGAUGUUGAGGAGCUUGAAAUGUUGCUUGAGGCUUACUUUAUGCAAAUUGAAAGCACACUGAACAAAUUGACUACGCUGCGUGAGUAUAUCGAUGACACGGAGGAUUAUAUCAACAUCCAGCUUGACAAUCAUCGAAAUCAGCUAAUUCAGCUGGAGCUCUUCCUUAGUUCUGGGACUGUUUGUUUGUCUAUAUAUUCUUUGGUUGCUGCAAUAUUUGGAAUGAAUAUUCCGUAUACCUGGAAACAGGGCCAUGGAUACAUGUUUAAAUGGGUGGUCAUCUUUGCCGGAAUUCUCUGUGCUUCGACUUUCACGUCAAUAAUUUCGUACGCGAGGCACAAGGGUCUUGUUGGGUCUUAAAGUGCUGCAUAGAAUCAGUUUGGGGGUACUCAGGAUACAGCUUGAGAUGGCCCUGGCGGCCUUAUGGAGAGUGGAGCAUCAGAAUUAAACCCCAAAGGGGAUUCCUUACCAAUUACCAUCUUGGUUCAACCUGGUUAUGAUUCAGGUGAACAACUGCAUGCUAUAUUAUUACCAAUUUAUCAUGCGUUGUGGACAAAAUGGUCCAUGAGGGGUCCUCCUAUUGUAAUUAGUCACUGUAUUCGGCAGAAAAAGUAAUAUCAAGUAUCAUUGUGUUGGCAUAUAUUAUCUAUGAAAGUAGGUGGCAAAGUAGGUGACAACUCUACCCAUAUAUAAGUUAUUCCAAAUGUUGUUGAUAUAUACUCGAUGCAAAUAGGGUUCUCUUUGUU